CUAACACAAGGGAGAUCUCAUUUUGUUUGAGACUGUAUACAGUUGAAACCAAACCACACACCAACGAGAGGGUAUGAUGGCUAAGAAGCCCCCAAAACCAGCCCCUCGCAGGAUCUUCCAAGAAAGGUUAAAGAUUACUGCUCUGCCCUUAUACUUUGAAGGUUUUUUAUUAGUCAAGCGGUCAGAAUACCAGGAGUACAAACACUAUUGGACAGAGUUGAGAGGAACUACACUUUUCUUUUAUAACGACAAGAAAAGUACAAUAUAUGUUGACAAGUUAGACAUAAUAGACCUCACAUGCCUUACUGAGAAGAAUUCAACUGAAAAGAAUUGUUCAAAAUUCACCCUUGUUUUGCCAAAAGAAGAAGUGCAACUGAAGACAGAGAACACAGAAAGUGGAGAAGAAUGGAGAGGCUUUAUUCUUACAGUAACAGAGCUGUCAGUUCCCCAAAAUGUAUCACUCCUUCCUGGGCAAGUAAUUAGAAUGCAUGAAGUCUUAGAGAGAGAAAAGAAAAGGAGGAUCGAGACAGAGCGGCUACCGAACACAUCUCUGGAAAAAGAGAGGGAACCAAUUGAAGAUUAUGUGGAUGUACUCAACCCUAUGCCUGCAUGUUUUUAUACAGUGUCCCGGAAAGAAGCAACUGAGAUGCUUGAGAAGAAUCCUUCUUUGGGAAAUAUGAUCCUGAGGCCUGGUAGUGACAGCAGAAACUUCUCCAUCACUAUCCGGCAGGAGACAGACAUGCCAAGAAUAAAGCACUUCAAAGUGAUGAGCAUAGGAAAAAACUACACUAUUGAACUGGAAAAACCUGUAACACUCCCUAACCUUUUCAGCGUCAUUGAUUAUUUCGUGAACGAGACUCGAGGAAAUUUACGACCAUUUAUAUAUUCAACUGAAGAAACUCUGGAGACCAAAGGAUUUCCUGUAACAUCUCUAAAAUAAAAUUUUAAAAAAUUAGGGCGGGAGGAAUCCAAUAUAAUUUUCCUCCUGCAUGGAUGAUAUUGUGUCAAUUAUCUAAUGCUGUGCAACAAACCAAUCACCCCCAAAACAUGGGGGCUAAAUCAACAAACCUUUUAUUUGCUCAUGAUUCUGUACAUCAGCAACUUGGAUUGGAUUCAGUUGGGUAGUUCUUCUGCUAGUCUUACCUGGUGUCACUUACAUGACUGUAACCAGCUGGUGGCUUGACUGGGGUGGAUGGUUCAAUUUGGCCUCACCCAAAUAUCUGGUGCUGGUGGUCAACUGGGCCUGGAUGAAAUACCCUCUUCAUGUGGUCUCUAAUCCUUGAGGUUAGCUCAGGCUCCCUCACAUGAGAUCUCAGAGCUGUUAAGGCGAGAAGGGUACCUGCCUGUCUUAGUGUUGAGAACAAAGCAAAGCAAGUCCUCUAUUUAAGUUGUUCACAGGUUCUGUGACUUUAAGCAAAAUGUCGUUUAACGAAACCAAUUUUACCAUAAUUGAUAUAAACAAGAGUUAAGUUCCUAUGGCAUUUCAUCAACGUUACAACAAAACGACAUUGAACUAAAUAACAUUAAUCCGAGGACCUGCCUUCUUGCAGCUUUUGGUCUAGAAACUAUGAAUUGAAUAAAUAAUUUCAAGUGUGAUGUGUCUUAUGUAUAGGGUCUAUAUUUUUCUUUCAAAAAUUAUUUAAUUUACAUACAAUAUAAUUUACUUUUUGGUGUAUAGUCCUAUCAGUUUUGACAACCACCACCACAAUCAAGAUAAAGAAAAUUCCAUCACCUCAAAAAAAAUGCCCUAAUGGUCUUCCUUUGUAGUCAGUCCUUUUCACUGACAAUCUCUGGCAACAACUGAUCUGUUUUCUAUUCCUAUAGUUUUGCAUUUUCCAGAAUGUCAUAAAUGGAAUCACAGUAUGGAACCAUCUGAGGCUGAUUUCUUUCACUCAUCAUGUUUAGAUUCACACAAGGGUUGUAUUACUAGCUUCUUCUUUUUUAAGGUUGAAUAGUAUUUCAUUCACUGCAUGGAGGUACCAAUUUAUUUAAAUAAUUUGGUAAAGUAUGUUUAAAUCUUUUGCCCAUAGUUUUAUUGGCUUUUCAUAUGGUUGAGAUUUGACACAACUGUGCAUAUUCUGAACAUAAGUCCUUUGCCUGAUAUAUGAUUUGCAAAUACUGGUUUUUUAAAAAAAUUCUUUUAAUAGUGUCUUUUGCAGAGCAAAGGUCACCCUUUCGUCAUUAAAUCACCUUUGCACAUUUGUGCAAAUCUUGAUUACUGCAUCUUUACAGUAAUUCUUCAUAUCUGGAGGUAUGAGUCCAACCUUGUUCUUUUCAAAAUUGUUUGGAGUAGUCUGGUUUCUUUGCCUUUCAAUGUAAGUUUUAGAAGUUCAAAUUUUGAUGAAGUACAAAUUAUCAAUUUUUGCUUCUGUGGAUUGUACUUUUGGUGUUGUAUCUGAGAACUCUGUGUAACCCAAGACCACAAAGAUUUUUUUCCUAUGCUUUUUUAUGGAAGUGUUAUAGUUUCAUGUUUUACAUUUAGGUCUAUGAUUCAUUUGGAAUUAACUUUUAAGGUGUGAGGGACGGGUCAAGGUUAAUUUUAUUGGUAUUUAAGCAUGUAAUUGUUCUAGCAACAUUUGUUAAAAAAAGAUCAUCCUUUCUUCAUUAAAUCGCCUUUGCACAUUUGUGCAAAUCUUGAUUACUGCAUCCUUACAGUAAUUCUUGAAAUCUGGAGGUAUGAGUCCAACUUUGUUCUUUUCAAAAUUGUUUGGAGUAGUCUGGUUUCUUUGCCUUUCAAUGUAAGUUUUAGAAUCAACUUAUCAUCUAUAGAAAAAUCCUCCUGCGUUUUGAUUUGGAUUUUGCUCAAUCUGUAGAUCAGUUCAGGGAGAACUGACAGAGGAUGAGUUCUCUCUUAGGGUUUUAGGUGCUCAUGCUGCCACUGCUCUCAUGCAGCAUCUUGACUAGGGGCCACCCUCAGAGAAGGGUCAGAAGAGAAAAUGGAAAGAAAAAAACAAAAAUAGGCUGUUCAUGUAAAAUGUCAAUACUUUUAGAAACAUACAGAUUACUAUUACUCUGGUGGCUGAACUGGUUCAGUUUGCUCUGUGAUCAGUAACAAAUUGCUAACUUCCCUGAAUUUCAGAUUCGCUUGCUGUAAGGAUCAGGGAAUGAUAUAUGCACAGAUAGAAUUAGAGGGACAUAUGGAAAGAUACUUCAAAUGAUCAGACUAUCUUCUGUAGAGUAAUAAUAUAUUUUCUUUCAAAAGCAGAAAGAUGAUAGAAGAAUAAACUGAACAGUGAAGGAGGGUGGAAAUAGGACUUGCUAAGAAAAAACUAUGAAAAGGUCAAAACCCAUAUUGACAAAUAGUGCUCAAAUUUUAAGGAAACUUUGGGGAACCCGAAAAUUGUUUCAGGAAGUUGGAUUCAUAGCUGAUUGGGGCACACUGGUAAUGCUACAGCCCUUAGCUUUAAGUUGCCUUGAAGUGGGAUAUGGGAGUUGUAAAGCACCUAAAGAUUAAAAUCUGGAGACUUGGAUAAAGUUGUUUCCAAUAAAAUAUUAUCAAAAAGAAAAUGAGAUUUUCUUUGAUCCUUGUUAAUCCAUGUCAACACUGAGCUUUCACUUUGAUACCAGAAGCCAAAAGCAAUGAUGGAACCAGAAUGGUUAAAUAUUAUUUCCUCAAUUGAUUUUUCCAACUUCAGCAAUUGGCAGUAUAAACUAAAAGCCACUUCAAAAUAUGACAGGGUAGAUAACUGAUGUUAAGCUAACCAGGAAGGAAAAAAUGCUCCCUAUAGAAAAAUUUAUUAGGAACUAAGUUACAAGUCAAGGAUAAAACAAAAACUAAAAAAGCAUCUAAAUAGUAUUUGAUGUACUGACACUUAUUAAACACACCACCAGUGUCCUAAGUACAAGCAGGAAAAUCAAUUCAUGUUGAAGAUCAAGAACUGCCCUGUUCUGUGAUAUUGGAUCUUUCAGCUUUUCCAACCACAAUUUCUAGGCCAACAACUAACCACAGAAGGAAGAAGAGAGAAGUUGAAGGAAAAUCUACAUGGGGCCAGCAUGGUGACUCAGGUGGUUGGAGCUCCGUGCUCCUAACCAAAGUUGCUGGUUCGAUUCCCACAUGGGACAGUGAGCUGUGCCCUUUACAGCUAAGAUUGUGAACAACGGUUCUCCCUGGAGCUGGGCUGCCAUGUGCUGCCGUGGGCUGCCUAGUGAUGCUGUGGGCUACUGUGAUGGCCGUCAGCAGGUUGCCUCGAGCAGCUGACUGAUGACUGGCGACUGCCUGCCUCAGCUCAGGGGAGCGCAAGGCUCAUCAUACCAGCAUGGGCCAGGGAGCUGUGUCCUACACAACUAGACUGAGAAACAACGGCUUGAACCGGAGU